AUGGCCGAGUUCAAUCUACUCCAGUGGACCAUCAUCCUUAUUCUGAUCGCCGUUGUCCUGUCCCUCAUUGUUCUUGUCCAGAUCAUCUCCAAUUAUACGGCCGCGUACCAAGCGGCGCCGCUCGAGAUCGCAACCUUUGUUGAUACUGCCGACUUUUCCGUCCAGGAGAACGAAAGCUAUGAUCGCGAUGUCGCAAAAGUGCAGCGUCUUGAUGACAAGAUUCGCUUGACGCGCCUUCUAAGGGAGAUCCAGAAGACGGGCGAUGAUCUGCGUGAGGACAUCAAUGGCAUGGUGCUUGAGGAAGAUACCACCAAGUUGAAGACUGGCGCCAGACUACUAUGGGCAUCGAAGCGAGCGAGGUUGGAGGAUCGUGUUCGUAGGCUCGACAUGCUACGCAUGCGCUUUCUUGUCGUUUACAUGGGCGUUGUCGCAUCACACACGAACACUACAAACGCCACUAUACAUGAGAAGCCCUCUUCAAGAGCGCCACCACCACCGCCCCUCCCUACAUCAAGAGAUCUAGAAAAGUCACCUGUUUUCAAGACCCCUACACGGCCUGCUCUUCCCAGAGGCUUGUCGGAGAGUAUCGUCAAUCGUCCUCCAUUGCGCAGGUUGACCACCCAAGCUCUAAUUAAUCAUCCCGAGCCCAUUCCCAAACCUAGUCGCAAGGGCUGGGCGGGAGUCGUCCACGAGCUGCAGACAUCACCCAAGAUGCAACAACGCCAUGCCUCAAUUGAGCGCGCCAUGUCGAAAUCAUACUCACGGUCACCAUGA